CUCACACUUUUGCCAGCAUCAGAGGAGUGCAGAGGUGGAGAAUCACCUAAAUUUCCACAAAGUAAACAAAAUGGACAUUCUCCAGAAGCGACUCUGGUCUUUCGUGUUUCUACAAGGUAUACUUAUUGGAAAUUUAGUUGAUUCUUCAGCUCUGCCCUCCACUGCUAACCCAGUGCCUGUCAUGACCCUGGUGGGGAGCCAGGUGGUCCUUCCCUGCAGCUGGAAGGACUCCCAGAAAGAAAUGGCAGAGUCCGGCUGCCACAUCCAGUGGAUGUCUCCGCCAUACACCGUGUUCGAACAACUUGGAGAAGACAAGUGGCAGGCGGCGGAGUACGAGGGCCGGGUGGAAGUGCCUCUGGAGAAACUCAACUCCGGGGAUUGUUCCCUGAUCAUCAAGGACGUUCAAAUCGGAGACACGGGGAGAUACGAGAGCUUCAUAGUGGUGGAUGGCGUGAGGUCCCAAAAGAGCAGAGUUUUCAUUCAGAGUGUCAAAUUGUCUGUGACAGACCACAAAUCCCGGAAGGAUCUUUACCCAGGGGACGACCUGGUUUUGGAGCUGUACACCCCCCACUCAUUUGCAGUGGUCUUCCAGAGCAGGGACAGUUCAGAAUGGGUGAACUUGUGGAAGAGAGGGGAUGAAAACAAUGAACGCAUGGAAAAACAUCAUCAGCUUGAACAAUUAACGAUAAAGAAUCUUCAAUACUCUGAUGAAGGAAUAUACAAAGUUUUGGAUGAGGGCGACCUCUCUGUCAGCACCAUGCAGCUGUACAUAACGGAAAAAUCCCCGUCAUCGAGAAUCCAAGAAAAGCAGGAACAAAUUCUGACAGAUGCUGCAGCUACAAGCAGCUGUUCAGCUCUUCUCUUGUCUGUUCUGCUCUCGUGUUACCAAAUUCUUCUUCUUCACUGAGACAUAUUUUUCUGCCGUGUAACUAUCAACAACAUCUACAGAAUUUAGCACUCUAUGACCAGCAGAGAGAGAAGAUUUGUAAGUAGGAGAAGUAACAACAAGCCUUGCAAUCCUGCGCAUGACUGUAAUCCUGAAACACUUUCAUUUAUAGUCUGUUCCAUUUCUGAUGCUCAACAUUUUGUAGAUAUCAUUGUGUGUUUUUAAAUUGAUCAUUUGCUUAUGUGCUAGAGUUCUCUUUCAUGUCAUUCAAAAGAACCAUCUUGUAGUUUAUGUUAAUGGAAAAUAUUCCUGUGUUAUGACAAUCCCUUUUACUAUUUAAUUAAUCAAAAGUCACUGAUAAUAGGCUAUUUUGCAACUUCUCAAAAAAAAAAAACCCAUAACUACAAUAAAUAAAA